AUGGUUUCCUUGGCUUUGGCUUUUUCGCUGAUGUGUCUGGCGAGAAGCUUUGUGAAAGAACUUGUGAGAAAGGAGACGGUGGAGCGCGUAGCUCCAGCUGAGGAAGAGGUGCCAGAACUCUGGUACUCGCCUUACGGAGAGAAGACCCGCGUUUCAGGAAGAUGUCAUGGCCUCAGGAACGCAACCAGUGUACACCGAGCACUACCAUGCAAGUACUGCUGCCCCGGUGGACUGCGAUCCCGGGAACAACGCACCUUCGAGUACAAGAGAACCUUUUUGGAAGCAGCAGGAAAGUACCUUUGGCUAAAGGUCUUCAUGGUUGUGGUUCUCAUGGCCAUGUCAUGGUUCAUGGUGUUUGAAGUGAACGAGACCUACGGCUACCCGUUGGCCACGAACCGCAUGCUGAACCACAGGAACAAGGUCCUCAGCCUCGACGACAAGAACCCUAAGAAGAAGCAUGUGAUAAAGGAGAUUACCCCAGCAGAUGUUAUCAACGUCACGAGCUACCUCAAGAAGACGAACGUGCACUCCGAGUUCUACAAGAACAGAAGAAGCCUUGAGCCCGUCGUGAGCUACGUCGUGCGGACGUGUUUCGAGAAGGAAGUUGCACAGGUCAGUUUGCAGCGUUCUUUUCAAGAAGCGGGCGCUCUCAACAACGACAUCCUUGAGAAGAUCAACGCAGUCGAGAUGGAAAGUGAUCUUCACCAAAGAAUCGAAGUUAUCCUGGAUUCUGGCGCAGACGACGCACAAGGAAAGGCAAUAAAGACGGAAGGCAGAAGGAUGCUGAACUUAACGUUCUUUGAUGACGACGGAGGCUUUUGUCGCAUUCAGGAAGCCUUCACCGUUGCCUCGGUGAUCAACCCGCUGAUGGCCAUAGGCAAGCUGUUUCGAGAAGGUUGGGAGUUGCGAGUUAACGAAGAAGAAGGUAUGUGUCUUACAGAUGGAAGCUCAAGAAUACCAGUGCAUCUCCACAAGAACAGCUUGGCAGCCUACGCCUACGUACAAACUCCUUCAAGAAGCAAAGGUUACAGCAGCAACAACUACAAGAUGGUUCGCACUGUUGUCCAACUCAACAAGCACGUUCAGGAAGCAGUGAACAAAGAAGAACCUGGUUGGCACAACACAGACAGCAUGGUGAUCAAGAGAGAGGAUGGAGAGCAGUCGAAGUUUCAAGAAAGUACUCCGAGAAGGCAGACCCUUUUGAAGAGUUUGCUGAAGGAGAAAAGGAAGUGGUUACAGCCAUUUCAGCAAAGCCAAUUCCACUUUGGAUCCUUGGCACCCCUUACGCUGCCGGAGAUCGAGCAGACCAAGAAAGCCAUGAUGGAUCUUGAGAAAGGAGAAGUUGUUCGUCACCACGUAGUACCAAGAACUGUUUUGUUUGACCCGACAGGUGUUUCCAACUGUCCUGUCCUCCUUGGAGAUCUCGAGAACAGCAGGUAUACCCAAGGAGACUGCAUCUACAGUACAGAAAUCUACGAACACAGUGACGACUGGAGAGCAGACCGCUUACCUCUACGUGAACACUUUCGUUUGCGGUGGUUUGGUCAAACAAGGUUUCGUGUGAAGCCAGAAGUUGUUGAAGACCUGAAGGCAGAAGCUGCAGCAGAGGAGCUAAAGCAGAAGAAAGAAGACCACUACAAAGAGAAGGAAGAUUCAGCAGCACCACCAGAAGCAGAGGAAAGCAAAGACGAAGAGAUGAGAGAAGCACAAGCAGACCAAGAAGCACCACAAGAAGUUGUUGAAGUUUUGGAGGAAAGCUUCUACCACGAAGGCGUCGAGUACACAGCACAAAGGAGCAGUCUUAAAGAACUACAAGCACUUUGCAGAGAGUACGGAGUGAAGACCACAGGAAGCAAGAAGCAGCUCUUGAAGAGGCUAGUCACAGCAGUCAGAGAAGAAAGGCUCAGCACGCAACACAAGGAACAACGGGAACACCACCAAGCAUACCACUUGGCACCACCACAGGAACCAACGGAAGAGGAGAGAGCGUACCACAACUUGACGCACCUUCCGUAUCAGCCCUGGUGUCCUCAUUGCGUUGCUAUGAAAGCACGAGAAGACAACCACAAGAAAGGAUUGAGCAAGCCAAGCAGCUCUACGGAUUCCGCGAAGCCCGUCAUCAGUUUUGACUUUUGCUAUACAAGCACAGGAAGUGAAGAGCCACCAGCAGUGACUCUUGUCGCUGUGGACAGCUGGAGCAAGGCAGUUCUUGCGGUGCCCUGCAAGAGGAAAGGAGGUGCAGGAAGCACGACGCAUCUCGCGGAAGCACUCGUGCAGUUCACCACGCAGCUCGGGUACAACACCCUCGUUCUCAAAGCAGACAACGAGAACGCAGCCAAAGCACUCAAGGACAAAGUACAGAAGGAAGAACGCGAACAGCUCGAGAACGACGAGGCCGCUAGCGACCCUCCGAGUUCGGAGGACAGCAGUGAAGAGCAGCAGCGAGCACUUGAAGACAGAGAGGAACAAAGCGAAGGCAGCAGCAUGAGUGUGACGAGAGACAGAAAGAGAAGAGCUGAGGUUGAUGACGACACCCUUUUGGAGGAACUCAGAGCAGUUGAACCACUCACAGCCUCAGCAGAAGCACUUUCAGCACCAGCUGAACCACGAGCAGAAGCAAGCAAGCACAGCCUUGAGCCUGAGGAACCAAGCUCACCCAGCAAGCUACGAAAGCAGGUCAACAGAGCAGAGGAAACAGACGGUUACCUCAACAUGUCUCAUGAUGAUGAAGUCUACGAAGCAGAUGAUGUGUUUGUGUACGAGUCGGAAGAAGAAGAAGAGGAGACAGAGAGUGAACCAACGGAAGUUUCUACCAAGGCCCCUGUCGAGUUCUUCGAUGAGGAGAAAGGACCACCGAACGUGGAUCCAGCUUUUCUUCAGAAGUUGGAUGAUGAAGCUACAGUCAAAGAAAUCAAGAGGUUAACAAAAAUGGGAGUUAUUUCGUUGGUUUCUACGGAUCCUCAGGAAGCAACUGAGAACGUACCUCUGGUAGACUCGGAACAAGAACUUCACAAGUGGUUGACAACGAAGUUGGUGAAAGAUUGGAGGUUCAGAGAAGCUACAGGUUUUGAAGUUGAUGAAGCCACAGCAGGAACAACAAAGCCCAAGCAGAUUCAGAGAAUUACAAAACUGGUACCCAUGUUGGCUCUCGCCAACAAUUGGGCGAUCUACAGUGUCGACGUGAAGGUCAGCGCGACGCAUCCAGUCUUUGGUCAGACUUUUGUGAUGGUCUUUUGGUGGAAGAGAAGUUUGAGCGUUGUACAGCAGUUCCAGCACUUUACCGUCUUCUACGACAAGGAAGAAGAAAAGGCACAAGUGGUGAGAAGACUCGAGAAGAUCAUGAAGAACAAGAGCAGCAUGUUGUUCGCACUUUCGAGUUUGUUUGCAAAGACUGAGGCAGCCUACGUACAACACGUACCUUUCGCCGCAGCUCAAGAAGUAGCAAGCUCACAAGAAGUCCCAAGCAGUCCUGGAAGCAUGUCGCUUCUGGAAGUCCUGGUGACGCUCGCCAUGGUGUGCAUGGCGGCAUACUUUGUCGUCAACGAGAUGAGAAAGCCGCAGAAGCACAAGAAGUCUAAGAAGGAAGAGAGGAACAGCAGUGAAGAAGAAGAAAGCAGCAGCUCAGAAAGCAGACGAAGAGCCGAAGACAAAAGAAGGAGGAAGAAAGCAGAGAGAGAAGCGAGGACUGAAGCUCCUGCCGCUCAGGUGAACUACGACGUGGACUCCUUCGACGAGGCAAAGAAAGAAGUGACAGAGAGAGCAGAGAAGUUGAAGAAGGUUGAGGAAAGCCUGGAGAAGGAAAAGGAGGAGUUCGAAGACCGAAAGACAGAGUUUGAGGAGACAGUGAAAACGUUUUUGAAGAAGCAGAAGGAGGUGAAGGAAAAGGAAGACAAAGUUACAGAAAGAGAAGAGAAGUUAGAGAAAGACCAAGAGACCCUCCAAGAGCAAGCUAAGGCCUUAAGCGAGAAGGAGACAGCCCUUGAAGAAGCUGAGGAGAACGUCAAAGCAAAGGAAGCAGAGGUUGAGAAGAAGAAGAAAGAGGCAGAGAAGAGAGAGAGAAAAGCCCAGGAAAGAACCGUCGGGUACGACCAGGAGAGAGAAGAGUACGCCAAGAAGUACGUGGACGACGCAAAGAAGGACUUGGAGAGAGAGCUUAAAGUGCUAAAGCAAGAAGAGAAAGUAAGGAACCAAAAGCUCGACGACCUCCAGUACGACUACAAGAGUCUCAAGGACGACUACCAGUACUUCAAAAGUUACUCGAAGGAAGUGGACGCACUUCUACUUGCAGCUAAGGACAAGAUCGUGAAGUACAAGAAGAAGGUCAAAAGCCUCAAGGAAACCAUAGGUGCAGCCUUGUCUGGAAGCGAAGGUGAAGAAGAGACAGAAGAAGCGUACAAGACCAAAGCAGAAGAAGAGACAGAGAAGGCAGAGGCGAAGGCAAAAGAAGAAGAGCAGAAGAAAGGAAAAAGGCCAAAGCAGGUAGAGACAGAAGACCAAGAAGAGAAGCCUUCAAGCAACCAAGGAGACGAGAACACUUUCGACCCGAACGACAUAGCCGAGUUCACGCAGCUUGGCUACGUGUGGGAGUUCAACAAGAAGACGCAAGAGUACCGUGCGAAGUGCGAGGACAAGAAAGGAGCCCCAAGAAUCAAGAACGCUCCGGUGAAAGGCCGCCUCCUUUGGAACAAGGUGACGGAGUGCUACAGAAGGCACAACGUGUGGUUUACAGACGGAAAGGAAUUGGAUAAAUUCUUCGAGACCAAGGAGAACGAGAAGAUCGAGGAAGAGGUGCAGCGACGCAUCGGCAUGAAGGGCAAGAACGACAACACAGGAACCAAGGGAAAAGGCCCUUCCUGGGACGACGGACAGAACGACAGCUGGUGGUACAACGAGCAGUGGAACAACGAGAACUGGAACACCACCGACGACGGCAGCAACUGGUACGAGAACGCGAACCCGCACAACAAAGGCUACUGGCAGUCGCCAGAAGAGUGGGCGCAGCAGAACCAGUGGGACCAGUGGACACCCAAAGGAAAGAGCAAAGGCAAGAAGUCCAAGAACUGGACGCAGACCCAGUGA